AGGAGAUGACCAGAGACUGCAGACACAGUACAGGAGAUGACCAGAGACUGCAGACACAGUACAGGAGAUGACCAGAGACUGCAGACACAGUACAGGAGAUGACCAGAGACUGCGGACACAGUACAGGAGAUGACCAGAGACUGCAGACACAGUACAGGAGAUGACCAGAGACUGCGGACAUAGUACAGGAGAUGACCAGAGACUGCAGACACGUACAUGAAAACCGUUCCAUCCAAUCACUACCGGGAGAGAACGGAUUAGUCUUAACGGCGCCUAGAGAUAUCAGAUCCUCCCUGGACCAGGCAUCAAUCUCCGACUACAACCGGCCACACACCAUACAAUUCGACGGUAGAAUUUAUAUACAAAUCUCUUCAGAGCCG